AUGCUGCUGCACCUGUGUAGUGUUAAGAACUUGUACCAGAACAGGUUCCUUGGGCUGGCAGCCAUGGCCUCUCCCUCGCGGAGUUCCCAGAACCGCCGGCGCUGUAAGGACCCGAUGCGCUACAGCUACAACCCCGAGCAGUUCGCCAAUGUGGACAUCCGUAGCGGCCAACACAACGGCGCCAUCUUCCCGCGUUCCACCAGCGACACCGACCUGGUGACCUUCGACAGCCGCUCCACCCUCAUGGUCAGCAACUCGAUCUACGCCAUCGGCCAAUCGCAGGACAUCGUCAUCUGCUGGGACAUCAAGGAGGAGGUGGACGCCGGGGACUGGAUCGGCAUGUACCUGAUCGAUGAGGUUCUGUCUGAGAACUUUCUGGACUAUAAAAACCGGGGAGUGAACGGGUCACACAAGGGGCAAAUUGUGUGGAAGAUCGAUGCUAGCUCUUACUUUGUCGAGGCGGAAACGAAAAUCUGCUUUAAGUAUUACCAUGGUGUGAGUGGAGCCCUCAGAGCAACCACUCCCAGUGUGACGGUGAAGAACGCCUCUGCACCCGUGUUCAAGCCCGUCACCAGCGAGGAGGUCAUUCAGAGCCAGGGCACGCGGCGGCUCAUCAGCUUCUCCCUGUCGGACUUCCAGGCUGUGGGGCUGAAGAAGGGGAUGUUCUUCAACCCCGACCCGUACCUGAAGAUCGCCAUCCAGCCCGGCAAGCACAGCAUCUUCCCCGCCCUGCCCCACCACGGCCAGGAGAAGAGGUCCGGCAUUGUCUGCAACACCAUCAACCCCGUGUGGCAGAGAGAGCGCUUCAACUUUGUGUCUCUGCCCACGGACGUGCUGGAGAUCGAGGUGAAGGACAAGUUUGCGAAGAGCAGGCCCAUCAUCAAGCGCUUCCUGGGCAAGCUGUCCAUGCCUGUGCAGAGGCUGCUGGAGAAACAUGCCAUCGGGGAUCGGGUGGUGAGCUACACGCUGGGUCGCAGGCUGCCGACCGACCAUGUCAGUGGACAGCUGCAGUUCAGAUUUGAGAUAACAUCCUCCAUUCAUCCAGACGACGAGGAGGUGUCCCUCAGCAUGGAACCUGACUGCGCCGUGGCCCCAGAGGAGCCGGUUGAGGCCCUGGCCAUGGACCUCCCUGCUGACGACGCCCUGAGUGUGGGGCCCGAGGCCCCGGAGCUGCCUAUGGAUGAAACGGCGGCAGAUACAGAGGCCUGCACCGCCCCAACAGAGGAGCCAAGCCCGGCUGAGAUAGAGGAGGAGGAGGAGGAGGAGAGGGGGGGAGCAGUGAUGGAGGAGCCAGAGGAGCCAGCAGGGGAUGGGCAGGAGGGCGAGGCAGUGCCCCAAUUACAGACUGAGCCUGAGGAGCAGAAUCCAGCUGAACACGAGGAGGGGGAGUCGAACCAGGCCAUAGCUGAUGGACAGGUGGAGGGAGAGGGGGCUGAGGCAUCUGCUGAAUCCCUCCCGGAGGGGGCUCAAGGGGACAGCGGGGAGGCCGGGGUGGAGGAGCCGGCCGGGGUGGAGGAGCCAGCCUCGGCGCACGAACAGGAGGCGCAGGAGGAGCCGGAGGAGGAGGAGGAGGAGGAGACGGAGGACGAGGAGUGCUGCUCCCUGCGCAUGAGGAGCGCAAAGAACCUGAAGCGCAAGAACCGGCCCUGCUCCCUGCCCGUGUCCGAGCUGGAGACGGUCAUCGCCUCCGCCUGUGGGGAGCCGGAGACCCCCAGGACCCACUACAUCCGCAUCCACCACCUGCUGCACAGCCUGCCGUCUGCCCAGCUCAGCCAGGACCCCGACCCCGACCCGGACCCCGACGCCGACGAGCCCACCGUCAAACCCCCGGACGACAAGGAGGAGGGGGCGGAGGAUAGCGCCUCGGAGGCCGUCUCUCAGACCCUGGCCUCGGAGGAGCCGGGCCCCUGCUGCAGACGCACGCUGCCCCGCAGCCUGUCCAUCGAGCGCCUCUCCGACCUCAACCAGCUGCUGGAGGGAGGGCGGCCCGGCCCGGACAGCGAGGGCGAGGCAGGGGGAGGCAGGGUCCCGGGGGAGGGCGAGGGCGAGGCGGGGGGAGGCCGCCCCACGGGGGAGGGCGAGUGCGACCUGUGUGACAACUCCUGCUACAGCACCUCCUGCUAUAGCACCUCCUGCUACAGCACCUCCUGCUACAGCAACUCGGGCUACGAGGGCCGCAACCGCUUCUGCAGCCACACGCGCUUCUCCUCGCUGGACAGCGCGCGCAUGUCGGAGAGCACCGUCUUCUCCUCGCAGGACGAGGAGGAGGAGGAGAACAGCGCCUUCGAGUCGGCCCCGGACUCCGUGCAGAGCCCCGAGGGCCGGGAGGCCGGCAGCAGGGGGGCCCAGUGGCCGGGGGAGCCCCAGGACCUGGAGGGGAGCCCCCCCAGCGAUGCAGGGGACUCUCCUGUGGCCGGGCCCAGCAGCAGGGCUGGAGGCGAGUGUCCCUUGCCAUGCAGUCAUCCUCCAGUCAGCCAACUUCCUGCUUUGCGACCUGAUCCCCACCAUUAUCCAACUAUUGACGAACCGUUGCCACCAAACUGGGAGGCCCGGAUCGACAGCCACGGCCGCGUGUUCUACGUGGACCACAUCAACCGCACCACCACCUGGCAGCGGCCCACCACCGCCGCCCUGUGCAACGGCAUCCAGAGGUCCGGCUCCCUGCAGCAGAUGGAGCAGCUCAACAGGAGGUACCAGAACAUCCAGAGAACGAUGGCCACAGAGGACGAGAGCGUACGCAGGAACGAACGGGCGGGAAGCACGGACUCAGACCUGGACUCGCCACCGCAGGCCAACGAGUUGAGAAGAGAGGCUCCCUCAUCCCCAGUCAACAGUCAGAAGAUCACCUUGCUGCUUCAGUGCCCUGCAGUCAAGUUCAUCACGCACCCAGAGUUCUUCACCGUGCUCCAUGCUAACUACGGCGCAUACCGGAUGUUCACCAACAGUACCUGUCUAAAGCACAUGAUCCUGAAAAUACGCAGGGACGCACGCAACUUUGAGCGCUACCAACACAACAGGGAUCUGGUCACAUUCCUCAACAAGUUCGCCGAUACUCAGCUGGAGCUUCCCAGAGGUUGGGAGAUCAAAACGGACCAACAGGGGAAGUCGUUUUUCGUGGAUCACAACAGCCGGGCGACAACCUUCAUCGACCCCAGGAUCCCGCUGCAGAAUGGCCGCUUGCCCAACCACCUGACCCACCGGCAGCACCUGCAGAGACUGCGCAGCUACAGUGCUGGAGAGGCAUCGGAGGUGUCCCGGAGUCGAGGAGCGUCCUUACUGGCAAGGCCUGGAAACAGUUUGGUGGCAGCCAUACGGAGCCAGUAUCACCCAGACUCAGUGCCUCUAGCUUAUAACGAUAAGAUCGUGGCAUUCCUUCGGCAGCCAAAUAUCUUCGAUAUGCUUCAAGAACGGCAACCGAGCCUCGCAAGGAAUCACGCGCUGAGGGAGAAGAUCCACUACAUUAGAACAGAAGGCACACACGGUGUGGAGAAGCUGUCGUGUGAUGCUGACCUGGUCAUAUUGUUAAGCCUGUUUGAAGAGGAGAUAAUGUCAUACGUGCCGCCCCAUCCCUUCCACCCCGGGUACAACUUCUCACCGCGCUGCUCCCCAGGGUCCUCGCCCCAGAAUUCCCCAGGCUUGCAGAGGGCCAGAGCCCCUGCCCCCUACCGCAGAGACUUCGAGGCCAAGCUCCGCAACUUUUACAGGAAGCUGGAGGCCAAGGGCUACGGUCAGGGGCCAGGCAAAAUCAAGCUCAUCAUAAGAAGAGACCAUCUAUUGGAAGGUACCUUCAACCAGGUGAUGGCCUACUCCCGCAAAGAACUCCAGAGGAACAAGCUCUACGUGACCUUCGUGGGAGAGGAAGGUCUGGACUACAGUGGGCCGUCACGCGAGUUCUUCUUCCUGCUCUCCCAAGAGCUCUUCAACCCGUACUACGGCCUGUUUGAGUACUCCGCUAACGACACGUACACAGUGCAGAUCAGCCCCAUGUCGGCCUUUGUGGAGAACCAUUUGGAAUGGUUCCGCUUCAGCGGCCGUAUUCUGGGCCUGGCGCUGAUCCACCAGUACCUGCUGGAUGCUUUCUUCACCCGGCCGUUCUACAAGGCCCUGCUCAGGCUACCAACUGACCUGAGUGACCUGGAGUAUCUGGAUGAGGAGUUCCACCAGAGUCUACAGUGGAUGAAGGACAAUGACAUCACUGACAUACUGGACCUGACCUUCACUGUGAAUGAAGAGGUCUUUGGUCAGGUUACAGAGAGGGAGCUCAGGUCGGGUGGGGCUAACAUCCAGGUGACGGAGAAGAACAAGAAGGAGUACAUCGAGCGGAUGGUGAAAUGGCGGGUAGAGCGCGGUGUAGUGCAGCAGACAGAGGCGCUGGUCCGGGGGUUCUAUGAGGUGGUGGACUCUCGCCUGGUGUCCGUGUUUGAUGCCCGAGAGCUGGAGCUGGUCAUCGCUGGAACCGCAGAGAUUGACCUGAACGACUGGAGGACCAACACUGAGUACAGAGGUGGAUACCACGACGGGCACAUCGUGAUCCGGUGGUUCUGGGGGGCGGUGGAGCGCUUCAACAACGAGCAGAGGCUGCGGCUGCUGCAGUUUGUGACGGGCACGUCCAGCGUACCGUACGAGGGCUUCGCCGCCCUGCGCGGGAGCAACGGCCUGCGCCGGUUCUGCAUCGAGAAGUGGGGCAAGAUCACCGCGUUACCCAGAGCCCACACGUGCUUCAACAGGCUGGAUCUACCCCCAUACCCCUCCUACACAAUGCUGUAUGAGAAGCUGUUGAUAGCCGUGGAGGAGACCAGCACCUUUGGCCUGGAGUGAAGGCUACGGCUGAGGCUACUUCUUCUGUCCGGUUUGGUGACUCAAAACGAAUUCCCUUUUUUUCAUACAACUAUGAUUUUUUUCAAAAAAAGAUGAUUAUUUGUUUUUUUACAGUAUGUAUAUGAGUGAUUUAAAAAGAAAAUGUAUGCAUGUCUAACUCACCUGAUGUAUUGUACAUUCUGAGGGGGCUUGCACAAACAAGAUGUAUGCAAUAGGAAAUACCUGGCUCCAGCCUAUUCUGCGCUUUGACGCGACCACCCCCCCUCCUGCGCACUUCAUUGCCAUCCACAGUCUGAAAGUCCAUCUUCUCAAAGUAUAGAUGCCACCCACACAACCCAACACUACAGCCAGCAUCUUCUAAAGAAGGGACGUUUUUGGAUGAUCCCUUCUCGGAAGCCAUUUUAUAACAUCACACAAUCCACAGUGGCUGCCGAAGGAUGUUCAGUGACUACAAACCAAACAAACUUUUUUCAAUUUCUGUACGUUAAUUUUUCUGUGCAAAAAUAUGAUUUGCGAAGUAAAUAUGUGUUACCUGUACACUAUGUUUUGACGAUGGCUUUGAAUUGUUCGGAAAUGACUAUUUAUUGGAGCAUGCAUACAGUAUGCGGUCCUGCGGCAGUGUCAUGAUUGACAGUGAUACAGAUAUUCUGUUAUUGGUUGUCAACCCCUCGGGCCUCCUGGGAGCAACCAGUAGGGCUGUGAGCUUUUCUUUCAUUCAUAAUUGCCUCAAAUGUCAAAUGUAGAAUGAAGGGGGGAAUUCAGUAAGAUUAUUCUAUCCUAUGACCAAUCCUGUGCUGGCUUUGUUUAAUGAAUUGAUUAUCUGCAUUCAAUCAGAACUAGUCAGAGGGGUAGCUACUAGAAGGACUCUGCAGGAUGUAAUUGAACAGUUCUGACAUUAGAAACUUAAACAAAAAAACCCACACAAAUAAAAAAAAUUAAAUGAUCACCUCCACACAGAUAAUAACUAUGAUAUUUGUCCUUCUUAAAAUACAUGUUUCCCAGAAAACUGCUUUCAGUCAAGCGGUGUCACAACAUAACGUUGAUCAUCAUUAAGUAAGUCAUGACUACAAAGAUAAAUGAAUACUAACUGAACUUAAAUUCUCCACGUUGAUGAUAUCAUUGCGAGGUUCAAUAACUCUGUCCUUGAACUAUUAUGAACAGAAACAGAUGUGUUGUGUCUUAUCUUAUUUUCUUUAAAUAUGUGGUGUGAUACCACAGGUUUAAAUAUUUUAGCUGGCCACAGAAAAAGCACUCCAUUCCUGUCUUGCCUGCUCUGGCUCCUUCAGUGAUAUGUUUACAGUUGUUAAAUGAAUUGUAAAUAAACCAAACAAUAAACUAUUUUAAAUAUUUAAGCGUUUAAUGGACAUCUGUAAAUUAGGCUUGUGAAGGGUGUGGGGUGUAUAGUGAAUGUUGAGGUACAAUGAAAUGGACUAAAAUAAUGGUUCAAAUGUUUUUCUGGGAGGAUUCCAGAAGAUACAGCAGGUGCUUUAAAUAUUUUUCCUUCUCUGAUAAACAAUCAGAAAGGCCUUACGCACUGUUGCUUUUUAGAAGAAAAAGAAUGAUUAAUGUAAUAAAUUAAUAUUUACAUUUUUCUUUAUUUUUUGAUAAUCUUUUUUUUUAUUUUAAAGGCAAUGUAAAAAGGUCUCUUAUUUUUAGAAACACAUUUAAGGUGGGAAUAAUUUGAAUGUUUAAUUUUGUAAAGACUGUCAUGUUUUUAUAUGAUUGUGUAUUAAGCGAAAUGCUUAGAAAGAGAAUACUUGUUGUUUUUUCUUUGCAGUGUUUCUCCCAUCAUUUAAGAUCCCUGUAGUACUCACCUAAACUCAGACGAAGGGAAAAUCACUGAAGAUAAAUAAGAAUAAUGAAUCAGAUUCUAUUCUCAAUAUAAUGGCAUUGUACUUUUCAAAUAUUUUAAAAACUAUUAUGAAAAGAUGACACUUUUUCAGUUCCAUCUUUAUUAAGGAUAAGGUACAUUGUGGACAGAUUAAUAGAGACCAUGGACAAGUACAUUGGAGACUGCUAAUUGUUAAGAAAGAGUAAAAACAUAUUGUGGAAAAUGCCAGCAGCAGACUGUAUCCGUUGGAGUGUUCCUCGGUGAAUUGACAUCUGGCCUUGGAUGAAUAGUCUGUUAAAACCUUAGAUGCUCCAUAAGAUGACAGAGCCUGCUUAGGCACAUCCAUUUUUCUAAUGCUUUUAUAAAUCUCUACCCUUGAUCCCUGGUUAACUUAUUCCCAUAAAUAUUAGCCAGUUUUUUUCCCCAAUAGCAACUGUUUUAUACCCAUGCUAUGUGUUAGAGUAGGAAGGAAAUGACUACGGUCCCCCAUGUUUUAACGUCCUGAUCUUGGAAUUACAUUUGCCACUGGGAGAUAGACUGUGUGUAUUGAAGAAAAACAUAUGGCAAAAAUGUGUUAACAGAAGACCAUAAAAAUUACUCUGCGAUAUUAAUGCUAAUAUUUUGUUCAAUGUCCAGCCACUUUUAAAAGUAAGGGAAGUGCAUUUAUAAAGAUUAUUUCAGACUCAGAGCUUUCACAAAGUGUAAAAUGUCAAUAUGUGAAAGUAAGAUAUGCAGUAACUGAGUAACUAUCUUCAGUGAUAGUGCAUCUUGAUAUUUAACUUUGAUUAAUUUAUUAAUAUAUUUUUUAUUCUGUUUAAUCCUACAGUUUUUAUGUCUGCUUAAAUUAUUUAUAUUGUUCUUGCUGUGUGUGCUCUGCAUAAAUAAUGUCAGUACUAAUAAAUAAUAUUUUGAAUCAAGGUCAGAAAAAAAGUUGUGGAAUGAUUGUUGAAGUGCUGAAAACAUGCUCAUGAGACCCUGUUUAAAAUGGAGACCCUUCUUCAAACAAUGUAUUGCACCCCUUUGAAAUGAAUGUGUGUGUGUGUGGGAGGGGGGAAGCCGUGGAUCAUUUGUUCAGUUCUCUUCUCUCUCGCAGGUCUCUGCUUUUCUCUUACCUUUCUUUGUUACACUUGUUUUUCAUCAAGGCAGCCCCUUGUUGAGGAUUUUAUUUUGUUAAAAAAAGCUGCUUGAGGUUAAUAACAAUUCACUUAAUUCUCAGGCUGUGCUUUCUAUUUAUGUAUCAUAUCACUGUAGAUGAAUGUCAAUAAACAAUCACUUUGUAAUGCA